AUGGGAGGGCAGUGCGUGGCAUGUCCAGCAGGUGGUUUCUAUCAGGAUGAGCAGGCACAAUAUGAAAUUCUUUCUCAUGGUUUGGGAUGUAAACAGUGUCCAGACGGAACUUUUGUCAGUCUGCAAAGUUCACCAGGAGUACAAAGAGCUGACUGUCAGACAUGUCCAGACGAAACCAAACACAUGUACCUGAACUUUUCUGCCGAGUUACAACUCAAUAGCCAAUCAUAUAACAAAAGUCUGGCUCACUAUACUCAAGGUCUUCCUAAAGCCUACGCAUGUCUUACUGCAUCGGCUUGCAAAGGUGGUAUAGACUCGGAAUGUUCUGUUGGUUACGAGGGUCCCAUGUGUGCAAUGUGCAGUAGACAUUUUUAUAUGCUCGCAUCGAUAUGCCGCAAGUGCCCCACCCUACCCUGGAUAGUAACCCAGAUCAUACUUGUCAUUGUGAUUGUAGUGGGUCUGAUUGUCUUGCUGAUAAGAGACAAAAAGAACAAGUCAAGUGGGAGAUCUCUCUCUGAUAUCAUGACAGCCAGACUUAAGAUCCUGAUUGGAUUCUACCAAGUCACUUCAGGAACAAUCUCCAGUUUCUCGUACGUCCAUUGGCCUGAUGCCAUGAUCAAGCUGGUCAGGUAUGCAGAGGUUUUCCAGAUGAAUCUUCUACAAGCAGCUCCACUUCAUUGCAUAUCAGACUCCCUCAAGACUAAUGUUCACGUCAAACUGCUUGCUGCAGUACUAUUUAAUGUUGUUGCUAUAAUGGCUGGAAUCGUAUAUUAUCAUAUCAGGGUCAGACAAAUCCCCAGCAAGAGGAGGUCUCUUCUUCAACAGCGUUGUUACCGCACGGUCUUCCUGAUCUUAUUCAUUUCGUUCCCCAUGACAUGCAGCUACAUUUUUCAGGCUCUCCCCGAGACUUGCCAGGAGGUCUGCACCUCAACAGAUGAGAAGUUCUGCAAGUCGUACUUAAAAUCUGACUACUCUGUAGAAUGUGGAAGCAAGACUUUCAAGGUCAAAAGCCUCUUCUCUUAUGUCCUUGUAUUCUAUCCUGUUGGAUUUCCAUCGCUCAUUUUCUACCUGCUUUGGAAAUAUUACUACAAAGGAGGAAAGCAUGCUUCCCGCGAGGAAAGAGUGCAUACAAAGAAUGAUGGUAUCGUGGAAGGGUUGAAAUUCGUGUACGAGAACUACGCCAGUAAUGUGUGGUUUUGGGAAAUCAUCGAACUGGUGCGCAAAGUUCUCCUGACGUCUGUCAUUCUACUGGCUCAUGCUGAAAGUCGUACAUACCUUGGUGUAACAGCCAUAAUAUCAGGAAUAUAUGCCGUGUUGUUUGCUUACUACAAGCCAAUCACAGACACCUUUGAACACUGGCUUCAGUUGACUUCACUAUUGGCUACCAUGGUGAACAUGAUCGUUGGGAUGCUACUGAAGAUCCCUAGUGACAGCCUGUCUUCAAGUGUUAAUACCCACGUUGAUGAAGCUUUUGUAACAGCGGUGCUGAUGAUUGCUAAUGUUGCUGUCAUCGCCAUCAUGGCUGUCAAUUAUAUGGUAACGUUAGUACAGACUGUGCAGGUCAUCAGGAAGAACCCACAAUGUUCUAUCUCGUGCUGUUUGUACCUCUUCCUGACCAUAAACCAAGCAGGGAGUGACGUUUCUGGGAUAGAAGGUAAUAAUGACCUGAAGAAUUACCAAGAUAUGAACAUGGGCGUACGAUAA